GGUGACUGGGGGCAGCCGCGGCGGCCGAGAAUGGGAUUCCGCGGUAUGCGCGAAAAACCUCCCUUCUCUUUCCGCAGAACUACAACAACGGCGACGCAGCCGAAGUCAGGUGACCUCGCGGCACGUGACCGUGACCGUGCUCGGGGGAGUGGAGGCCUCGCGCCGUGGCUGACAGGAUUUAUGACAGGAGCCGGGAGGCGGCAGAGCAUCCCUGAGGCGACGCGGCUGCUCCUUCGCGCACAGGCUGGAAGCGCGGCAGCCCCGCCGGCCGGACGUUCAUUCAUUCAUUCGUUCCACCGGCGAGGCUCGUCCCGUCCCGCCCUGUCCCCGGCUCAGCGCAGCGUGCGAGGAUGACCUGGCGGCUGUGGGGCUUCGCGCUGCUGGGCUGCAGCCUGGCCUCGGCCAGCGGCGUUUACCGGCUGGACGACGCGGUGGGGCUCGCCUCGGAGUUCGACGGCAUCGGCGCCCUCAGCGGAGGCGGGGUAGGUUGAGCGGCCGCUACCCCCGGGGGAAGGUGGGGAGGUGUCUGUAGGCGCCUCAACCCGGUCCAUGAGGGUCCGCGCGCGGGAAAUGCUUGUGUGUGUGCGUGUUGAGCAUCCUAUAGAACUGCAGCGUUGGAAGGGACCCCCAAGGGUCAUCCAGCACAAUAUAAUAAUAAUAAUAAUAAUAAUAAUAAUAAUUUACUUAUACCCCGCCCAGCUGGCUGGGUUUCCCCAGCCACUCUGGACGGCUUCCAACAGAAUACAGUGGUACCUCGGGAUACAUACGCUUCAGGUUACAGACUCCGUUAACCCAGAAAUAGUGCUUCAGGUUAAGAACUUUGCUUCAGGAUGAGAACAGGAUGAGAACAGAAAUCGUGCUCCGGCAGUGUGGCAGCAGCAGCAGGCCCCAUUAGCCAACGUGGUGCUUCAGGUUAAGAACAGUUUCAGGUUAAGAACGGACCUCCGGAACGAGGUACUUAACCUGAGGUACCACUGUAUUAAAAUACAAUAAUCUAUUAAACAUUAAAAGCUUCCCUAAACAGGGCUGCCCCUUGCAGUGCAGGAAUCUCAGCCAUAAAGCAUCCAGGGCAGCUGGCCCACCCAACGUCUGCUUAAAACCGUUCCCUGUGUAUCUGUUUGCUUUGUAACACAACCCCAACCUCGAAUAAAAACUAAUUCAAACAAAAACACCCUCUGUGCAAGGAGGGAGAUGGUUACGCAGUCGAACAGCUCUUCUGGUCAGGAAGUUCUUCCUGAUGUUUAGUCGGGAGGGUUAUUGUUCCAGUCCGUUGCUACAUUACACAUUUUUGUUUUUUGGUUUUAUAUUAUGAACCGCUUUGUGAUCCUCGGGCGAUGGGCGGUAUAUAAAUUUAAUAAUAACUAAUUAACAGAGGUGUACUUAGGGGGUUGGUGAAACUGGCCUCUGGUUCGGGGUGCAAGCCCAGGUGUGUGUGUGUGUGUGUGUGUGUGCGCAACAAACACCUAUCAGAUUAUGGAGUGUAUGAUUUUUACAUUUUACAGUAUAGAGAUAUAAACAGUAACUCCAGAAUUUUUCUUUUUUUCUCUUCUAGGCUACUUCCCGGCUUUUGGUGAAUUACCCAGAACCUUAUCGCUCUCAGAUUUUGGAUUAUCUUUUUAAGGUAAGUGCGACAUUGCUGUUCUUGUAGACUUUGACCUAGGGCAGUCAUUGAAUCAACCUCUUCUUGACCUUUUUUAUUUCUUUUAAGAAAUGUUUUAGCCGUCCAGCCUUGUUAGCUAUCCUAGGGUGUGUUGCAUUAUAAAACAUCACAUAAAAAUAGUCGAACCAGAGCACAUAAAAUGCAUCAUCAAAAUUCCAUAUAGGUGUUUCUAUCUUGGGUGUCAACUGACUUUCUCAACCUCUCCAAGUCGUUGGAACAAAUAUGUCUUUAGUUGGCACUAAAAAGAAAGUAAGGCGGAUCUCAGCCAUACUUGUGAGGAAGGGUGUUUCAUAACUGACGUGGCACUUAGUGCUCUGGCAGCUACAUUCUGGACUGCCUUCAGGAGCUGCUCCAUCUGUUAAUGUGCUGACAGGUAUUCUUUACUGUACUUAUAUUUUUAUAAAACCUGUAUGCAGUGCUUGAUAUCAUGACCCAAACCUUAUCAGUGCAUUAAUAUCAACUUGCAUUUUUUUUUGCCAUGGUGUAUGCUUGAUGUUUGCUUUAUACAUCUGGCAAAUAAGAUAUAAGAAUUUGAGCUAGGAUGUUUUUCUUAUUCUCACUUCCGUUUACUGUUGUGUUUAUUGGCAUUGAUAAUACUAGUCAAAUAGCUUGUGGAAGCUUAGUGGCUGCUUAACUGUGACAAAGUGCUGUAAAUUCAUGUUGCAGUUGGGCUUGUAUUUUGCUACAAAGCCAUAGUACUUCGCACAAAACAGUCUAUGGUCUCAAUGUUAUUGUUGAUGACUUGGAGUGAAAUUCAAAUUUCUGCAUCCUGUGUACCCCCCCCCCCACUCCUGCCCUGUAGAGUUCCCCCAUCAGGUCAGGCUAGCCCUGUUGUUGAUGCUGGAGAAUAAAUUUCUAAGUAAGAGGUUUACAAAAAAAACCAAGGUCUUUAACAUUUUCUCAAUCAGAUUGGCAGGGGCAGAAUUACUUCACACACACACACACACACACAAUAGAGUUUAUACCAGCCCCUCCCCAGCCAAGCGCUGGGCUCAGAGCGGCUUACAAGCACACACACAAACAGUUAAAUGAUUACAACUUAAACAUAAUUAGUAAUACAACAUUAAAAUAUUGAAACAUUAAAAAUAUUAAAAUGUAGCUCAUCGCAGGAGAGAAGUGAAAAGAAAAAGAAAGAGGGAGGGAAUCAAAUUGGCUCCAAGUCAAAGGCCAGGUGGAACAACUCUGUCUUACAGGCCCUGCGGAAAGAAAUCAGAUCCUGCAGGGCCCUGGUCUCAUGAGGCAGAGUGUUCCACCAGACUGGAGCCAGAGCCAGGUGCUCUGGCCCUGGCUGCCAAUCUAACUUCCUUAGGUCCGACCACUAGGGUGUUGCUAUUUAUGGACCUUGGAGGCCCUCCAGUGGGGCAUACCCGAGAGGCGGUCCAUAGGUAUGAGGGUCCUGGGGUCGUAAAGGGCUUAAGGUCAAAAGCAGCACCUAAAUCUGAUCCUGUACUCCACCGGGAGCCAGUGCAGCUUGAAAAGCACUGGGUGAAUAUGCUCCUAUGGCAGAGACCCAGUGAGGAGCCUCGCUGCAGCAUUCUGCACCCGGCCAUUCUUGGACAGCCUGCGUGGCAGCCCGCGUAGAGCCGAAUUACAGUAAUCAGCCUGGAGAUGACAGUCGCAUGGAUCACUGUGGCCAGGUCGGCGGGAAACGUAAGUGGGACCAACUGCUUGGAUGCGGUGAAGGUGGAAAAAUGUCGCCUUGGCUGUUGCUAUAACUUGCGCCUCCAUGGAAAGGGAGGCAUCAAGGAUUACACCCAAACUCUUAACGGAGGCAAUGGCACUAAUUGGGCCCCCGCAAGAGAAGGGAGUUGGUCCCUCAUCCCCAUGCCAUCCCGACCCAGCCAUAGGACCUCUGUCUUCGAAGGAUUUAGUUUCAGUCGGCUCCCACGAAACCAUCCAGCCACAGCUUCCAAGCAUCUGGUCAGUGUGUUCGGGGCCGAGUCGGUGUGGCCAACCAUCAGCAGAUAGAGCUGAGUGUCAUCAGCAUAUUGGUGACAACCCAGCCCAAAGCUCUGGAUAAUCUGGGCAAGGGGGCGCAUAAAGAUGUUAAAAAGCAUUGGGGAAAGGAUUGCACCCUGCGGCACUCCACACACCAAGGAGUGGCGCGACGACAUUUCCCUCCCUAGUGCCACCCUCUGUCCCCGACCAGAGAUAAAAGAGCACAGCCAGUUACGGGCUAUGCCCUGUAUCCCCACGUCUGCGAGGCGGUGGUCCAGAAGAUCAUGAUCGACCAUGUCAAAGGCUGCUGACAAAUCUAAAAGGAUCACCAGUCCUGACCCGCUUUGAUCCAGCUGUCUACGGAGAUCGUCUGUUAGGGCAACCAGAUCCGUCUCGGUCCCAAAACCAGGACAGAAACCGGACUGAAACGGAUCUAAAGCCGAUGUUUCCUCCAGAAACCUACCAAGCUGUUCAGCAACCGCUCUCUCAAUUACCUUACCCAGAUAUGGAAGAUUUGAAACUGGGCGGUAAUUGGAUAGGUCUAAGGGAUCUAAUGAAGUUUUCUUUAAGAGUGGACAUACCACUGCUUCCUUCAGUUCCCCUGGGAAUGUCCCCGUGUCAAGGGACAAAUUGAUAAUUUCAACCAGGGGGGUCCGCGCAACAUCUGGACACUCCCUAAUCAGCCAAGACGGGCACGGAUCAAGGAGGCAGGUGGUGGGCCUACCAACUGGGAGGAAUCUAUCCACAUCAGCAGGGAGUAUUCGAUCGAAAUGGUCCAACACUGGACCUGAAGUCAGUCGAGGGGCCUCCAGUUCAGUCACUGUAUCUAAAUUGGCAGGGAGGUCACGGCGGAGCAACAGGACUUUCUCCGCAAAAAAGCUCGCGAAUGCCUCACAGCUGUGGGUUGAAUUUGUGCUUAAAUUUGGUUGUCCUCCUAAGGACGUUAUUGAUCUAAUUAUUCUAAAAAGUUGUGCCGGGCGAGAGCUAGCGGAUGCAAUGGAAGCUGCAAAGUAAGAUUUCUUAGCAGCUUUCAUAGCCAUCUCAUAGGCUUUCAUAAGCGUCCUAUAAGAUGUUCUUGAGGCUCUGUCAUGAGUCCGUCGCCAUACUCGCUCUAGCCGUCUGAAAUCCCGCUUCAUUUUCCGGAGCUCCUCAGUAAACCAAGGGGCCCGGUUUCGACGGGGUCGCAGAGGGCGCUUAGGCACGAUCUCAUCAAUGGCUGCCAAGAGCCGGUUAUUCCAGUCCUCAACAAGGUCAUCUAAUGAGUCGCCAGGAGGAGCAGGGUCCCGCAAGGCUUGUCGGAAUCUAUCAGGAGCCAUCAGUUUUCGCGGAUGAGCCCAAAUAGGUUUGCCACCCGAGCAGGGGAGGAGCGGGAAGUCAAUCUUGGCUUUCAGAGCGUAGUGAUCAGACCAUGGCAUUUGAAUCUCUUCCAAGAGGUUAAGACCUUUUUGGAGUUACUAUGUGACACUGUUUACUAUGUGAAGAAAGCCUGCAAGUUUCAAAUCCAUGGGAUAUGGCUAUUUCUUUUCUUUUCUUUUCUUUUUUUUGCUUAUUGAUCCAUUACUGGUGCUGGCUGGCUUCUUUGAGGGCUAACAGGAUUUAACUGGAGCCAGGUCUCAGCCCUGCAAAGCAUGAAGCAGCGUUGCAGGGGAUUGGACUACAUGACCCUUGAGAUUCCUUUCAACUCUACUGUUCUACGAUUCUAUGUUUGUGCUUCUGUGAAUAUUUUUUUUAACAUAUUGAAGGCAAUUAUUUUUUGUAAUUGGGAUUACUGUUCUUUGAGGGAAUCUAAUAAGCUGCAAAAUAAUUGACCUUGCAGAAGAAGCUUCCUUGCAAUAUGCAAAAUUUCGCAUAACAAUAGAAAAUAUAUACAUAAAUAUAAAGAAAGAAAGAUGGAAUGAGAUAAAAUGGGCAAAAAGUAUUCUUCUGCUUUUGUUAAUAAGGAAUGCAAUGAUCCUGGCAAGGGCUCAGGGUAGUGUUGUGCGGUUCCUUUCAGCCUGGAGAAAGUACUGUGUGUUUCAUAGCCUGUUUCCCGUUCCACUUAAUUGUAGGAAGGUACAGUACAUACAGCCAAUAUCACUGCCAUGUUCUUUUCUCUUACUGGGAUACAACUGUACGUGUCCCUGUAAAACAAUUACAGAAGAGCCACAGGGCUCAUUUUUGCAGCACACAGACAGGGGAAAGGCUGAUGAAAGGUGAAGGCAUAAUAGGCUUCUGUACCAAGCUGCUUUGUAAAGAUGUAUUAAAAUCCCUUUCCCUAGUGCUGGUGUUGCUGGGCGACUAGUUCCAUUAGCACUGCAGAACUGGUCCUCUGUGGGAUAUUGACUGCCAGCGUCUCAAAGGCUCUGAAGCCUGACUUAUGUGCAGUGUAUGCUUGCACAGCCACUGUUUUGGCAUAUCAUGUGCAAACACAAUCUCUGUUUUCAAUCAAAGAGGUAAUGAUUGUUGAGCAUCAUAGUAGGUGAUAAGUCAGUACCACAGUCUUGACUGCAAAUUAUUUCCUAUUUACAUGAUGCACUGUGAUCCAUGAAUAGCAUAAAUGUUAACACUGCUUCCUCUUCUUUUUCCCCUGAAGCCAAAUUUUGCUGCUGCUUUACAAAUCCUCAAAGUAGAGAUUGGCGGAGAUGCACAGUCCACAGGUAUGAGCUGUUGAGGAAAGAGAUUUAACCACAAAGCGUUGUAAUAAUGCUGUAAUUAUGGGUUAGUUAGUUCUAAACAUUGUCAACCAAGUUGCUCACCACGAGCUUUGCAUGAUAUACUGAUUGUGCCUCUUUACUAGGUUCUGGAAAACUGAUUCUGUUAUGGUUAGAACAAAAUACUCAAUAGUGGAGAUUUUUCUCAAGCCCCUUGAUGUGGAUAUAAUUGCCCUUCCCCAGAGUUAUGUUGAUAAUUUGAUAAGCAGGGUGGGUGUAGUACCCCCACAGCUGAUCUGUGUACCUGUGUUUUUGGGGUGUGUGAGAGUGUGUGGAUUCACAUGAACAAGCAGGCAGAGGGCCCUCUUGGUAAUGGCACCCACCCUGUGGAACACCCUUUCAUCAGAUGUCAAACAGAUAAAUAACUAUUUGACUUUUAGAAGACAUCUGAAGGCAGGGAAAUUUUUAAUGGUUGAUGCUUUAUUGCAUUUUUAAUAUUUUGUUAGGAGCCACCCCUAGUGGCUGGGGCGACCCAGUCAGAUGGGUGGCACAUUAUUAUUAUUAUCAUUAAUAUUAUUAAGAUUGUUGUGUGUAUGGCUUUUUGUUUUUGCAGGGUAGAGGGAACUGUUGUCUAGUGGGUUCCAUAUUAAGUUUGCGAAUAUCUCCUGAAAAUGGGAUGUCCUCUUGCUAUAAGCAUCUUUACUUUGCCGUAAAUCCAUUGAUUUCAUUAGCACUUAUUUCCACGUAAGCUUAUCAAGGUGCUGUUAAAUGGGUUGUUGAACCGCAAUGCCUGUCAGCCCCUGGAAGCAUGGCCAAUGGCCAGGGAUGGUGGGAAUUGUAGUUCAGCAGCAUCUAGAGGGCCAAAGGUGACCCACACCUACAAUGAGAGACAAGGGUGAGAUCAGCAUGUUCAGGGGACCUUCAUUGUGGUGGGAGAUGCUGAGGUGACCUGUGAGUUUGUUUAUUUGUUUGUUCCUAGAGAAGAGGUGGGAAGCUGAGAGGUGUUGUGUGGGGAGGUGUGUUAAGAGAAAGGGAUACCUUCACCUCCCAGUUACUGUACUGGUAUCAACAAAGAUCAGUGUUUUAUUGAGUCGUAUUUAUGGUUUUAUUGCAUAUUUUGGUUUUUUUAUUUGCUGUAUACUGCUUAGAGGUAUUUUAUAUAUUAGGUGGCAUAGAUAUGGUCUUAGUAAUAUUAUUAUUGCUAUAUAUGUAGCUGGAGGAUGUUGAGGUUGACAGAUGUAGCUAUUAAGAAUAGUUGUUGUUUUUGUCCAUGGAGUUUUCUUGGCAGGGAUACUGGAUAGUUAGAAUGGUGUUAUUAUUGUUCCAUAUUACAUGAAGUUCUCAAUCUAAUGCAACUGGACAUAGAUCAUAAACAGAAUUUACAAGUUCGCCUUGUAAAUGAGGCAUGGAUAUCCUGGGCUGGCUAAGCACUGCAUAAGCUGGAUGGUACAGCUGAUUUAUAUUUAGAACAUUUAAUUAGCAUUGUUUUUCAUUAGCAUUAUUUCAAUGCAGAGUCAUGAGUGGGUGAAUGCCAAAUGUCAGCUUAUUAUAUCUUUGGACUUUAUCAAAAAUGGUUUCUAUGAUUUAUGAAGAACCCCGCAACAUAACAUGGCGCCAUCUGGGCACCACAUUUCAUCUACAUUUCAGAUUUUAGUAUUUUUUGCCAUCCUGUUUCAUGUGCUUGUGAUUCUCCAGCAUAUAAGCCUCAGAAUAACCUGACUUAAAGUAUAGCUUUCCACUCAGUAAGUUCUUACAACCUGUGAUUACAGGAUAGGCAUUGGAAUGUCUAUAGAAGAUCAGGUUUCUUAAUGUAGGUGUAUAAGUACAGGGAACUGCAUUUGUUGUUAAUCUCCUUCUUCCCUUGAUGCUAUCCAGGGUGCUAAAAUUGGUGUAAGAAUAACAUUCCAUGUCCAGUUUCAUGAUAUACAUAUAGUUUACACGUGUUGAGAAAGGUAUUAGAUGUAGCAAAGGAUGUGUAACACAUUGCUGAGCUACAAUUUUGUUUUCCUUCUGUAGAUGGAACUGAACCAUCCCACAUGCACUAUGAAGAUGAUGAAAAUUAUUUCCGGGGCUAUGAAUGGUGGCUGAUGAAAGAAGCUAAAAAGAGAAACCCUAAUAUUAAAUUGAUUGGUAAGACCUGCAGACCUGUAAGGUGUGACGUUUUGUCCUUCUUACCCUGUAAUUUGAGAGUACCUUUGUGAUUCAUUUUAAACCAUUCUGUUCCAAUGUAACGUGCAGCAUGCUUUAAAUAAUAUUGAUUUACUCAGCUUGGAGUGUGUGUGUUGUGUGUGAGAGAGAGGCUGGGUUUGCACAACUUUGCAAGCCCAAACUGUGGCUUACCAGGACCAUAUGAAUUUGCAAGCUCUCAGAGGGGAGCUGAUGCUUUUCAGGCCUAUGCUGUCCUGAAGUUAGCCAGUGUUUGGCUUUGCAUGUCAUUCAAACCCAGGCUGGUGGUUAUUCUCUUUACUCACUAGCUAUGAGCUGCUACCAAGAAAAAAACCAUAGGUGGUGGCGGGGGGUGGGGGUGGGGGUGGAGAGAAAAGAAGGCAUCCUCUGCUGUUGUUACUGCUUAUAUAGGAAUGAGUUGGUGGACAGAUGGAGCGAUUUUGACCUGUCAGGCUUUAUUUAUUAAUUCCUUUAAAAAAGAAAGAAGCCUUUUACAUAAUGAUUAAACUGUAAACAUUUUGCUUCUCCCCAAAUACCCCCCUUCACUAAAAAUUUGGUUUUGGUCAGCACCCCAUGAUUAACACACACUUAAGGGAUUUUGUAGUUUGACUCCCCCGCACCAUUUCCAGAUCAUUUCUGUUAUAUAAACGUAUAAUAAAAUGCUCUUAAAUUUGAAACGGAAGAUUUGGGGAUGUAUUGUGAUGGGAGCAUAGGGUUAAGAGAACAUUAUGAUUUUCAUAUAAAAACUCCAAUAUACCACAUGCUUUGAUACCAAAAUUACCAUUGCAAUUGAUAAGGAAACCUUAUUGAAUAAAUUCAGCCUCUUUGUGAAAAUACAAUAUGCAGGAACCUGUAACACUUCAGGAAAAUUAAAUUGUGAUGUUGGUUGGAGACUGAGGCGAAGCCACAGGAACAAGCAGUGCAUUGUAUAGUCUCUUGUAGGGUGUCCCAAAGAAAAUCAGCAUAACCUGGAAGGCUGACAACAAAUGAGGAAGACUAGAUGCCUGGAGCUGUUGUUUGCCUCUUUUGAUAGCCUUCUACUCAUAAUGUCACAAAUGCCUUCCCAUGACAGAGUUAGGCAACACAUAUUUCCCAUGCAUUGUAGUAUCUUCCUCUUUUAGGAGUGCCCGUUGCAACGGCAUGCUGCCUCACCUUCCUGUUUUGGCAUUUCUUUGCCCACACAAUCAACAUGUCAUUUCCUGAGUGCUUGAUUUGUUUUUCCCACUCUGUAGAUGUUUCAUGGAAAAUACAUUGGUUCUGAGAAUGUGCACACUCAGAAUAUGAAGGAAGCCCAGGACCAGCCCGAAGCAGUGCUGGUCACCUGACUGUAAUUGUUCCUUCUGAUAACUCCAUGAGGUGUACCACUGGGUGAAAAGCACUGUUCUGUGCCAUACAGUAAAGGAGGGCCUGAUAGCAAAAAGAGUGCAGUUUGGACUGGCUGAGCCUUUGAGUGUUUGUUGGUUGCACCGUUUCUCCGCAGGCACUUAAGCCCACAGCUUUGCCGGAGGAAGAGAGGGAAGGCCCAGUAGUGGGGGGUAUUGUUUGUCGGCACACAUUUCUGGAGAGAAUGAAAAGAGAAUUUAUAGUUAUAUUUGUGGGGUACCGUGGAAAUAUUGAAUCAAAACGUACCAACGAAAGAAAAUUGAUGUUUAGUGCUGCCUGAUCGCCAAACCAUGGUUUGGUUAGUUACCUGGGCAUGUGUGCUUCUCUUCUCCCCUCUACCUCAUCUCUCAUGUGGACAUGCCCUAAGAGCCAAUAGUUAUUAACAAUAGUGCAGAUACAGUGGUACCUCUGGAUGCAAACGGGAGCCCCGUUCGCAUCCAGAAGCAAACGCAACCCGUGUCCGCGCGUCUGCACGUGCGCGGGUUGCAAUUUGCUGCUUCCGCGCAUGCGCAUGACGUCAUUUUGACCGUCUGCGCAUGUGCGAGUGGCGAAACCCGGAAGUAACACACUCCGUUAGUUCUGGGUCGCCGCAGUGUGCAUCCCGAAAAUACUUAUCCCGAAGCUACUUCAACCCAAGGUAUGACUGUAUUCUAGUUAGCCCAAACCAGUUUCCCUACCUGCUUCUAGCCAUGAUUGUUAGACUGGGCUUGGCAUUAGCACCCCCAUAAAUGUAACUUGCUUUUUAAUCUCCUUGGUUGCCAGCCAGACAGCAGGCUAAACUCAGGGGGCUGGUACUGGUGUGCAAAGCCUUACAUAGAUUGGGACACGGAUACCUAGCCGAUAAUUUCACCCCUUUACACCCAGUUGAGCACUGUACUCUGCAGGAGAGGGCCUCCCUCAGACAUCAUCUCAUCAGGAGGUCCAUUUUGUUCUGCUGUUUGCAUCCAUGGGCUUUGUGAGACAAUGGAGGAGUGCGCCUUUUGGGGGUGAGGUCAAGCUGUUGGACUGUUGCAGCGCCUGCUGUACAAUGCUGAACUAAUGCCUUUUGUUUGGAGGCAUCUACCCUUUGGAACUCCCACCAGCUAUAUAUCAAGCAGACGCUGCUGUCUUUUUGGCACCUGUUGAAGACCUCCCUUUUCCUGCAAGCAUUUUAAGUGGAGAUGAUGAUGAUGAUAAUAAUAAUAACAAAAAUUAUUAUUAUUAUUAUUAUUAAUUUCUACCCCACACAUCUGGCUGGGUUUCCCCAGCCACUCUGGGCAGCUUUCAACAGAACAUUAAAAACAGAAUAAAACUUCAAACAUUAAAAACUUCCCUGAACAGGGCUGCCUUUGAAAAGUCGGAUAGUUGCUUAUUUCCUUGACAUCUUCUAGGAGGGCGUUCCACAGAGCGGACGCCACUACUGAGAAGACCCUCUGCCUGGUUCCCUGUAACAUCACUUCUUGAAUGAGGGAACUGCCAGAAGGCCCUCGGUGCUGGACCUCAGUGUCUGGGCUGAACGUUGGGGGUGGAGAUGCUCCUUCAGAGAUCUUUGUUCCAAUCUUUCUCUGUUUUGAAUGUUUUUAUUAAUGCAGUCAUCGAUCGUUAAUUGCUUGGGGGUGGUUCAUGGGGAGCUAUUCAUAAAGGAAAUACAGUGGUACCUCAGGUUACAGACGCUUCAGGUUACAUACGCUUCAGGUUACAGACUCCGCUAACCCAGAAAUAGUACCUCGGGUUAAGAACUUUGCUUCAGGAUGAGAACAGAAAUUGUGCUCCGGCGGCGCAGCAGCAGCAGGAGGCCCCAUUAGCUAAAGUGGUGCUUUAGGUUAAGAACAGUUUCAGGUUAAGAACGGACCUCUGCAACGAAUUAAGUACUUAACACGAGGUACCACUGUAAAAUAAUAAAUAAUGACAGCAAGCUCUGAAAUUGAAAAUUUAGGGGGGAAGUGCCUUUUCAAGAUGGUAGGUAUUAUGCUCCCAUGGCCAAAGAAGUAGGAAGCUUUCUGUAUAAUUUCUAAAAACCAGAACUGAGUGGUGCCUCACUGGUUUCAAGAGCAAAGAAAUGUGUGGAUUGUUCUGUAGUGUGAGCACACCCACAAUGCCUCUCCUGCAGGGUAGGUUGAAGUUUGAACUGUCCUAUUUUGAGAAUAGGGGCUGUGUGCUAAGCUUUUCCGUUGUAUUAAUUUUAUGCUUGUUUUUUUCCUUCUCUUUACAGGGUUGCCCUGGGCUUUUCCAGGAUGGGUUGGGAGGGGUGAGAACUGGCCCUAUGAUUAUCCGGAUGUCACUGCUUAUUAUAUUGUGUCCUGGAUUAUAGGCGCUAAAAGAUUUCAUGAUUUGGACAUUGACUACAUUGGGGUUAGUAAAGGAAUUCCUCUUUAAAUACUUUUGAACAUGAUUCAUGUUAGAGAUUCCAAAGUCAUCUAAUACAAGUCUGCUUCGACCAUUUUCCUGAAAAAAAUCCACUGGGUUACUUCACACCCCUCCCCUCAAUUAUUAAAAUACUGUAAUGAUUAGGAAACAUUGGUGCGCACACUUUAGGCUUAUGAGAUUUGCCUUGUUUUUUUGUCCUAGAACCUCAAGAUCCACCAGUCAGAGCCUGGUACAAAAGACAUACGUUUCCUUUGUGUACACAUUUAUACACAAACACACCCAUCCUUUUUCCUACCUGUAACACUUGGAGAAGGUGCUGCAAUUAAACAAUUCUGAGCCCAGGCAUUUGUUUUUACUACCAGAACUGCAUUGAACUUAAGUUCCUUCCCUCCACCCCACCCCAAUUUUCAGUCCUCCUUCUCCUGCUUUCCUCAUUUCUGUUGUUGUUGUUGUUGUUGUUGAACAGUUGGUAGUCAGAAUUUGUUGCUCAUCUACUUUUAAUCACCCAGAGAUUUACUAGUAGAGAUUGCAGAUCUUCCUUUAGGCCAUCCACCACUGCUUGCCUUUCGUAUCUGUGUGCAUUAUUACCACACGUUGGGCCAGGACAGAGAGCGUAGCUUCCAGUGCAGAUCCUUAAGUCUGGACAGUUUCUUCUGCAGUAUAUCAUACCUAGAGAAACCAGAGGCUUCAUAAGUACUAGGAGCAAAACCUUAACCUGGUUCAUGUGUAGCGCCUUUUGCCCUUCACGCUUAAGGUCAGCAAGCUCAGGCAGGGCAUGCCAGGAAUUGGAUUUGAGUGUGUCUUCUCUUACCUUUGUAUCACUUCUAUUUUUUUUAUUUUGGUAUUUUUAGAUCUGGAAUGAACGGUCUUUUAGCAGCAAAUAUAUCAAGGUAGGUCAACUGAUCAAUUGACAUCCAUUUUUUAAAUAAUGCAUUCUUAGCAUGUAUAACAUCGAACUUUUAGCAGAAUUCAUCUAAGUUGUUGUACUAGUGCAACAGGAUCUCUCCCUAUGCAUCUUCUCCCAAUUUUGCUUGGACACAUCAGAACAGCACAGCUGGUGUGUCUUGUGUGUGCGUCUAUGUGUGGAGAAGAGGGCAGAAUGUCUGCACUGAAGCUUACCUUUAUCAGCUUACCUACAGUUCUAGCCUUUUUUGUUUUUGUUCUGUUGCUAAUGAGUGGCAAAGCUUCCUAAGGCAGUUUUAAUGGAUAAAGAUGCAUAGAAAAUGGCUGCAAUCCAAACAUGCCCAGCUGAUGCCUCUCAAAUGCUUUGGACUACAAUUCCCAUAAUCCCUGGCUGCUGGCCAUGUUGAUUGGAGCUGAUGGGAAUUGUACUCCAAUACAUCGAGAGGAUGUCCUCUUGGGGAACACUGGGCUAGAGGGUCUCUAGAUUCUCAGUGUUGGUUUUAUUUUUUCUUCAGUGUCUGGCUGAUACUAUUGUUAACCAUAGUCUUCAGUUAACCAUAGUCUCCCAUUCCCCCUGAACUGGGAAACAAGCCACGGUUUCGUGGAAACAAGCCAUGAAACCAUGGUUUAAACCUUCUACUUGCUCAGCCGUUGCAUACAAUGCAUAGUGUUUAUUGACUAAGAGUGUCUUGCUAUGCAUGACAAAUUUAAAUGAACCCCAUUUUUGAAGACAUGAAAUGCUACUACUGUUAUAAUGUAGAAGGGAUAUGUUAAAAGUGUAUAUUUUGUGUGGAUAUCUGGUAGAAAGGGACUGCAGUGAAAGCUGUAAGUGACUGAAUGCACACGUGCCCGACCUGAACUGCGCUAGGAAAACUAGCAUGGUUUAAUUUGUCAUUUACAGAUGUGUCUCUUAAGCUAACUUGUCUCACUGCUACAGAUGUAUCUUUUAGUGAAUAUUCCUCCAUUUCUGUGAAGUAAGGUUUGUCAGCAGCACUAAUAGGCCAAGAACUGAAAGGUGGGAGGAACCACUUACUCUCCAGACAUUGUGGACUAUAAAUCCCAUCAGUUCUGACCAUGACCCAAUGCCCGUGCUAGCUGGGGCUGAUGGGAGCUGGAGUCCAAGAGUAUCUGGAGGGCCACUGGCUGCCCAACCUUGUUUUAUAUCCGACAUAGUGCCCUCCAAGACAACCCCAUGUCUACUCAAAAAUAAGUUCCAUUGACUUCAGUGGAGCUUAUUCCCUGAGAAGUAUAUAGGAUGACAGUCUUAUAGCAAUGAAAAAUGUUUUCUCUUUCUGAUGUUAUCAACUUACUCUCUUUUUAAAAACAUUCAUGGGAUGCACUUUAGUUAAAGUUCAAUUACAGUCAGUUACUAAGAUGUGGCGGUAUUAUUAGUCCGCUUUAUUAAAUGUAGGAUAAUGGACAUAAUUCAUGGGAAGUCUUAUCUGUAUGAGACAGAAAUAUUUCUUGAAGAUUAUCAUCUUUUCUGUAUGUGUAGAGUGGUUUAUGUUGUAUGAAUGAUUUCUGCAUUGCAUAAAAAGGGGAGAUUGCAAGAUUAACAAUGAAGGAAAUAAUAGGGGUUUUAAAAUGGAAUUUUUUACUGAUUCAGGCCAGAUCAUCUUCUCCCUCCCCUCCCCUUGUGAAGACCAAAUUUGGCAGGUGGGGGGGGGGCUGCUCACCUCUCAGUCACCUGACAUCACAAUGAUGUCAGUUACCCCUUCCACUCUGCACCAUUUGGAAUCAUACAAUGCAGGCAAAUUCACAGCCCACGAAGUACCUUUCAAAGCACUACUCAAGACCUGACAAUUGACUGAUUGUCUGGUCUUGUGAAGUCUAUUGCAAAGCAUUCUGCAAGACCCCAUGAUGGAGCGCUUUGUAGAUGGUUUUGCAGACACCACAUAUUGGCAGCCCCUGCAAACCUAUUUCAGCUGAGCAAGGUGUUUCCUUUCAUCUGUGGGGCAGGUAGAUGUGGCCAAAUGGGGAGACCUGGUGGGCCUAAUCAGGUCUGUGGGUUGGAGGUUUCGCACCCCUGUUUUAAAACAUGGUAUUAGAAGCUGGCUGCUAAGUGAAUGUAGGAUGGAGUUCUCAAACACUUAAUUGACUUCUGAGUUCAGCGUGUCAUGCCUGUUUAAUGAUAAGAAUGGAGAGCUGCCAAGGAUUUUCAAAUCUCCAGCGUUUCUGCUUUCUCGGUCAUUAACAAUUCAGUUAUUUUAUCUUAGAAUUCUUACAUUAUUUAAAUUGGACGAUGAGGUGCCUUAAUGGGUGAGAUUCAACAAAUGAGUCCCGUCUAUUUGUUCAAUGGGGUUUCCCUGCUCUGUGCAUGUCCUGAAAUUGGCUUGGGAGAACAUCCAGAACAGUGUGUUGGAGGUGGCAGGUGUAUCACCAGAUGUACGGGAGUUAGCUGUGCCUGAUAGGUGGCUAAAAAAGUGAAUCUGUACACCUGCCAAGGCACUCCCUUUAAGUUGCAGCCCUGGAAGUCCUUGUUUUAACAACAGGUUCCAGGAUUAAGAACUGGUAAUACAUGAAUAACUUGGGGAACUGGGAGCUUUGGAGCACAAUUUAAAGCAGUAGUUAUCCAAAUGUUGAAAGUACAUUUCAUGUACAUAUCAGAAAGGGGCCAGGAAGAGAGAAAGCUCUCAGGUAAGGGUGUUCAGGAUUCCAUUUGAGAACUGUGACACUCGGGCAGAUUAACUGUGUGUGUAGAAGCCCAGCUCUUCCAUCAUUUCACAGCCCUCGCACUUUAAUUUGAUCUGUUAAGAUAAUGUCACACUCUCUCCAUUGAUGAAAGCUGUGUUAUCUGUCAAGUAAUGCUAUCUGUUAUCAAGGUACUCCGCAAAACCAUGGACAGAGUGGGUUUAAGGAAGGUUGGCAUCAUUGCUGCGGAUGGUGAAUGGGACAUUGCAAAUGAAAUGCUAGUUGAUCCCUAUCUUAAUGACUCGGUUGAGAUAGUAGGGUAAGUGUGGAAGCCUUGGGUAAUAAUAAUAAUAAUUUUAUUAUUUAUACCCCACCUAUCUGGUGAUGGUGAUUCCUUUGUGCCUUUGAUCACAGUUCCAUAUGAACUGAAGAAAGUUUGGAUCCACGUUUGACCAUUAACUGAAGGAAAUUUGGAUCCAAGCCUGGCCAUUUCUGCAUCUCAUACUUGAGCAUAAAGUCCUUACUGCAUGGGGCUAUGCUGCCCCUUUUGCCACCUCUGCUCCUGUGCUUGACGUUGUGCAUUUAGUGCAACCUGUCUAGUGUCUCUCUGCCUCUGCUUAUUUUGGUGUCUGCAUCCUUCUUUAUAUAUCUUCUACAGUCUUUUCAGUGGUGGUAGUGUGGUUUUGGAAUACUCUCAUUGUAGAAAUCCUUCAGGCUCCCUCUCUGACCUUUCUUUUCUCUGAGCUGAAAACUUCACUUUCAACAUGGUUUUAAUAUUUAAAGCAGUAAUAUUUUACUGCUUUACUGUAUUGUUGCUGUAUUGUUACUCUUUUCAGAUUUCCUGAUUUUUAAUUUCAUUUGUAGAUGUCCUUUUAAUGUGUGACUUUCCCUUGUUACAUAUGUAUUCCCUUGUUACAUAUGUGUUCCAUAUUUCUUAGCUGUGAAAUUCUUCUAGAUGCUCCAUGGGAGGAGGAGCAGGGUAUCCAUUUCCUACAUUUAUUUAUUAAUCAAAUUUGUACCCAGCCCUUCCUCCUGAAGAAACCUAGGAACCUAGCAAACAACAUGCCGUGAAACACUUUAAAAACACCUUUAAAGAACUCCCAUUCAAAGCUGAACUCAAAGGCAUUUUGAAAGAGGAAGGUCUUCAGUAGGUGCUGAAAAAGACAACACCUGUUUAAUAUUCAAAUUCAUGUCAUAUACAGAAAAUUUAUGGCCAUUUGGACAUUACUAGUGACAGUCUACGCUUAAGAUGCCUUUCCAACAUGGAAAUCCUCGUUUUAAAAAAGGAUCGCCCAAUAUAUUGACACAUGUUCAGACACUGUCGCCCUUGGGUUUGUGAUAUUUGCUAUGUUUGUAAAAUAAGCUUAUGGAAGUGCCAUCAUUCCCUCUGUUUCUGAUAUUCGGGUAUGAACACAAUUGUUAGGUAGCCUAAACAACCCAACCCACGCAUAAGAGGGAGGUAUCAGCAGGUUUGUGGAGGAACACUAUAAUCUGCUGAAGUAGUAAGCAAGAACCUUAAGGAAUACGCGGGGGAUAACCCCACAAAGCAGCACAGUGGCAGUGGCAGAGCUAGCUGCUCGGGCACCCAGAGCAGCGCACAUGCUGUGCACCUGGGGGUAGGGCGAUUGUGCCCAGGGCAUUGCGGCCCGGCCGGGGUGUGUGUGUGAUUGGCACAGCCGCGAUCGCCCCUGCCUCCCUGCCCCCCCACGCCCCUGCACAGUGACCACUGAGCAUGCUCUGUGGAAUACACAACAAUAUUUUGCGGCAGCUCUUACUUUUGUAUUUUUAAAAGCCAUGUAUAUCUCUUGGGAGGAAAUUAGAGAAAUAAAAGUUCCUCUUCUGAUGUACCCCUUAAGUAGGAGGCAAGCACUAUUCUGAACGCGCUCACUAGGGGGCAAGCAUCAUUGAACUAAGUGAGGCUACAUAGGGCUGGAUCAUAAAUCUGUUUUGUGAAGGCUAAUUAACCAGUAAGCAAAAGCUACCCCUUUUAGCCAAACAAAAGAGUUAUUUUAAUUAGGGGAUAUUUAUAGUAGUUCGGAAGAGGCUGGCUCCUCCUAAUGGUGUCUUCAUGCACCUGAAUUUUGAAGAUGAUGAGGAUGAUGAUGAUAAUAAUAAUAAUAAUAAUAGUAAAUCUACUAUCCUUCAUCUGUAGAUCUCAGGGAGGUUCACAACAUAUUUGGGGCACUAAUCAGGGCCAUUGCUUUUCAUAUUACCUGUUCUGCAGAGUUGUCUAAUGUUACUAAAUUGCCACAGCAACAAUUAACUCUCUGCUGACUAAUUUAAAAGCAAUUCAGCUGGUAGUCACAUUUGACCCAAUUGUGGAUUCAUUCAACAGGAUUAAUAAUCUAGUUAGGUACACACACACACACACACACACACACACACACACACACAGUCAGCCCUCAGAAGAACUUAAGGAUUUUCAAAAUGAUAACUUGCCAUGGAAUAACUUUUCUGAUUGAAAAAUGGUAGUCAGGCAUCAUAGGCAAGAGCACCUCAAGGCUUAUACUAGGAUGUGAUUAGUGGCAGGCACUGUGUGUGGAAUGAUGCUGCUCACCUGACUUUGUUCUAGCUGAGUCACAGCUGCCUAAAGGGACAAGAAGGGGUGUUGUGGUGUUGAGGUUGGUGUGGUGCAAAUGUGGUGGCGGAACCAGGCUAGUGCUCUUGCUCACAUGUUUGCAAUGCACUGAUCUUUCCUCUGCCUCUCCAUUCCAGUAUGCAACAGCAACUCAGCUGGAGGGAGGUCAGGUGAGCAGCGGAGCCUCAACCCACAGCCUGCUACUGGGUGGUGGAAAAGAUUGCCAUGGAUCAUGUCUUGCUUUUCUGAAAAUGCUCACUUAGGCCUCAGAGUAACCUCAUAGCUAUGCAGAUAGGCUUCCAAAAACUAGUCUCAUGCAAAGUCCUCCUAACCUUGUUAUUGAACAGGUUGUAUAUUGAAGCUUGUUCACGAUAGGUAAACUGAUACUAUAACCAUUUUAAAAAAUGACAUGCCUACUCCUAGGACCUUUGCUGUUAAUUGUACGAGGAAAUCAGGAUUCUUAAAUGCACCAGAUUUUAGUGUCUUGCCUGUAGUUUCACAGUCUGGCUCAGUAAACUCCACCUGCGUUUUGUUUUACAUUGAGACAAACUCUGAAAACUCCCAGUAUCUUUCCUUUACAAAAGGCGUCAGUGGGGAGCCGUGAUCUGGAUUGUGAUGAGGAGCAAGGGGCGGGGGGAUGGUUAAGCCGUUACAUAAGUAGAUGACAGUGGGCAAGCUGGUUGAAAAAAUACACUCUUGACUUCCCUGUUAUUUACAUAGUGUAGGAAGCUGCCUUAUGAGUCAGACCAUUGGUCCAUCUAGCUGAGUGUUGUCUAUGCUGACUGACAGCAGCUCUGCACGGUUUCAGGCAUCUUCCUUCCUAGCCUUACCUGGAGAUGCUGAGGAUUCAUCCUGGGACCAUCUGCAUGCAAAUCGGGUGCUCUAGCCACUGAGCCUUUCCCCCUCCCCUCAGAUUCUUCUGUUGCUGUUCAGAGAGACAACCUAGUAGAACGUUAGUGGUGUUUGAAAAUAGAAAUGUCCUCUGUUUGCCACCGCAGUGAUGUUGCCUUGGGAGCCAAGUCUGUGUCUUGCCGCAAGUUCACCAUGGAGUGAAUGAAUGAGUUGUGAAUGAAUGAAUGAGAAUUGAAAAUGGGUUUGGGCUUUAGUCGGGAGAGAAUUUGCUUUUGUCCCCAAAGCCAUUGCAGUAACUGGCUUAAGCAUAGAGGACUCUGGUUGGGCUCCAUAGAGUUUGUUCAGGAGGUUAGCAACUUGAAUUGUAGAAAUUCUGCUUGUGAUAGUCACUUCUAGCAUAAACGUUUGUGUGUGCAGUAGGUGUUGAAUUGGCCCUGUGUGUCCAGGAGACAUCCCUAUUGAUCUUUUCUCUAUUCCAUAACUUUACUUGCUUGCAAGAAAUAAAAAUAAAGUUUCUUCCCAAUUUGGAAGGAAGAGAUGGAGGUGUCCUGGCUUGCCCAGCCUCUGCACCCAUUGGUAGUUGCUUGGUUAGAGUAUCAGCGAGGUGCAGAGGAAGAGCAAUACUUUGCAUAACCCCAGCUCUAAACUUUUGGAGGUGGAACUUGUUUUCAUGUUCCCACUUCUCCCCCUUACUCCAAAUGAAAAAGUUCAGAGGAGCAGAUUUUCUUCUGACUUCUGACCAUGUGCCGCAUUUCAGAGAAGCUGUUGGGCCCUGUCCUUUGGAGGAGUGGGGUCCUGCCAACAACAAAUGCUUAGCUCCGCUGGUAAGGCCAGCCAAAAUGUAUUGACCCCUGACAAAGUUAGGUAUGAAUUUGAAUUCUUUGUCUUGGUCCAACUGGAGGUUGGUUCCAUUUACAAUAUUGGGAGUAAUCUAAUAUUUAGGAACUUCUAUGAGGUGCCAUCCAAAUAUGUACUAAUCCUACUUUUGCAGAAAACUAGUUGUAUUUGUGGAAGGAAGUAGAUAACGAUGAAUGCUCUUAAGAUGGUUGGAAGGUGCCUUGUAUGCCUCCUUCCCUCAACUCUGCUUUCCUUUGGACCAUAUCAGUGAGACCGAGAAGGGGAUAUUUGUCAUCUGGGUAGCCCAGGUGCACUGCAUGCACACUGCCCAGGCUUGCAUCCCAGGAGGUCACUUUGGUUCUGCUAAUGCAGCGGUUGACUUCACCCCUGGAGGUGCACUCCAUUGUCUUUCAAGACAGACAGAUGCCAGCAACCAUAGUAGCUCUUUUGUAUAACAGCUAAGUUAUUUUGAAGACCUUUUGUUUCAAUGAGGUUUAUGGGUCUAUUGCAGGUGGUGUUGUUCUUUUAAGCUGCAAAUCUUUUGAAAGAGGUAUCAGUGUCUUUGCUGCAGCAGAAUAACAUCGCCACUUUGUUUCCCCUUGCAUGUGUUCACGGGAUGUCGUAGUUAGUCACUGAGCCUCUUGGGCUUGCUGAUCAGCGGUUCAAAUCCCCGCGAUGGGGUGAGCUCCCAUUGCUCUGUCACAGCUUCUGCCAACCUAGCAGUUCAAAAGCACACUAGUAGCUGCGGCUACUAGUAGGUACCGCUGCAGCGGGAAGGUAAACAGCGUUUCCAUGCACUCUGGCUUCCAUCACUGUUCCGUUGCGCCAGAAGCGGUUUAGUCAUGCUGGCCACAUGACUCGGAAAGCUGUCUGUGAACAAACGCCGGCUCCCUUGGCCUGAAGGGGAAUACCCCAUAGCCACCUCAUAGUCACCUUUGACUGGACUUAACCAUCCAGGGGUCCUUUACCUUUACCGUGUUGGUCACCUGGGCUGUACAUAAAGGUCUCCCGUGAGCUUUGUUUAAUAGUGAUAUCUUACAGUCUGUUUAUACCAAUUCAAUCCAUCUUUGGUGAAGUUCUUGUCUGCAGUUUUUGAAACUCUACCAUUUGUGCAGAUGUCUCUCAGUGAGGUGAGGUACAGGUGAUAAAAUCUUGGCGCAGAAUAAUAAAGCUGUAAUUUGUGUCUUCUCCCACUGCUUGCUGAUUCUUCUUAAAACCCAGCUUAAAGUAACAUUGGCACACACAUUGAAGCUUACACUUUAGAAGCUGCUCAUAUCCUGUGUCAGGGCUAUUGCACAGAGAGACGGUUGACUUUGUUGAUUAUGUCUAUCAAUGGAUGUGAAUGAGAGCAGGGUCCUUUCUCUUGCUUCCCAAGAUCAAAUCUGAGAGCAGACUUUCAAUUCCUGUUUAAUACUCUAGCCUUCACCAGAGUGAAGCACAUAAUAUGCCUGCUGUGUACCAAAAGAAGCACGGCAGCCUUGAUUUUUGGAAAACGCUGUGUGUGGGAAUACUACCUUUUCAUCUCUUUAUUUUCCAAGCUUCUAAGAUACACUUUGGAUAAACAAGAGCUGCAGCGGGUGAGGAUCAUAGCCAGCGAUAACCUCUGGGAGCCAAUUUCCUUUUUCAUGCUGGUUGACUCUGAGCUACGUGAAGCAGUCGAUAUCAUUGGGUAGGACAUCUCUUCAAAGCUGAUUUUUUCCACCCAUAAUCCCUUCUGAAAAAUUCUGGCAAAUGAUGGGAAACAGCAACUUUGGAAAAACUUUCUGGAAUAUCAGCAUAGCAGUUACAAAAUUUUGGCCACAUGCCUCUUUAUCAGCAAUCCUGUAUGCCAAGGGGAGCAUGCGUUGUGCCCAUCAGAUGUUGGAAUGCAACUCUCACCAGCCUCAGCCAACUUGGCGGUGGUCAUGGCUCAUGGGAGCUGUAGUCUCAAUAGCAUCUGCAGGGCAGCAUGUUGGCUACCCCUGCCAUACACAUGGAUCUGGGAGGAUGACCCAUUGUUGCAAAGAUGGACUGACCUCUGAUGGACUGAUGGACUGACCUCCAUAGGAUACUUUCAGGGAUACUGAACUAUACACACACACGUUGAUGUAAUUGGAACAUGACAACCCUCUCCUUUUUUCUUUGCUCUGGGAAAAGGGGAGAGGAGAAUUUGAGCAGAGAAGUGCCUCAUUUCUUCAAAUCAUGCCACCCACUUCCCCAAGCUGUUCCCCCUCCUUCCAAGAUUCCAAAUAUGCUUGUAAGUCUAGAUAUACAUUUGGUACUCUGGUGAAGAAAGUCUUUGCUCAAAAUCACAUCCUCCCAAAGCUGUUUUCUUUGGACAGUAGGGAGACCUGUCAGGCUCUACUUUCAUGCAAUUGACUGUAAUUCAUAGUGGUAGGUCUCCUUUAGUUCUGGUUGUUCCCUUUUGGUAGAGUGAAUGGUUGCCAUGUAGAUCUGAUUUGAUCAGCCUGACCAAUCCAUGUGGUGACAUUAGCUCUUCAGUGAGUAAAAUUUGCCUUGUGUAUCUUUUUGAAACUGGUGAUUGUGGAGAUGGACUAUAGUCAUUUAAGAUCUGAAUCGUUUGUGUGAGUUGUGGGAGGUAAAUUGGUGUGAUUUAGGUUAAAACGAUAAGAUAACUCUAGUUCAAGAUUUCAGAAGAUAGAAAGUUCUUAGGGGUAGCUGCAUGUUUCAGUACUUCCAUGUUUCAAAAUCAACUUGGCAUGCCCAGAGUGAGGCAGGGUUCCUGUUUUGAGAAACAAGAACCCCAAUCCCUGCUAUGUGGCACUAUAGUCCUUAAGGUCUUUGACUUUGGGUCAAGAAUGGCGGCUGAGAGUUAGUAAACCCAUGCAGUUUAUAUUCUGCCUCUGCUGUGAGCCCACCAGAGGCCGAGAGAGAGAGAAUGGAGACAGUGAUAAUGACUUAUUUUGCAGGGUUUUUGCAAAGAUGGAUGAGAAAGUAUACAAAGCUCUUUUGAGUGUCCAGAGUGCUAUGUAGAUGCUAAGUAUUUAUUUUUUUCCCUUCCAAGUUUUGAGAUGUAAAUUAUUAUUAUUCAGUCUAUUCACCAGCAGGUCCCAGACCUGGUUACAACAGUUUAAAAUUCAGUAUUCAGAAUAGUUAAAUGGCAGACUUUGGCAGAAAUUAAUAAAUCCCUGACACUUUCAGGUUCAAGUAUUUUGUUCUUCCGGGUCAUGGACUUAACUGUGUAUUGCAUCCAAAUGGAUGAUGCAGCCUGGCCUUCACCAACCCUGUGCCUUACAGACAUCAUGGACUGCAGUUUCCAUCACCCCUGACUGUUGGGCAUUCUAAAUGGCACAGAUAGGAGCUGGAUUUCACAAUGUCUGCAAGGCAGCAGGUUAAGAGAUGGCAGAUGCAAACACACAGGAAAAAGACACCCAAUUUCACUGGGUGUUCAGUGAUUUGUUAAAUGUAUUCUAGAGGUGUUUGGAUCCUAAUAUCUCCUCCAUGGAGGAAAGGACUGAUAAGAAGAACUACUGCAAAAGAAAGAAAGAAAGAAAAGAAACUACAGUUUUCUAGAGUUUAAACUUACUGCAAUCAAGUGUAUUUAGAGUCCUUGCUUUGAGUUAAAAUGCACUUUGUCCUUGCUUUUUGUUUUUCAAUAUCCAGGGCUCAUUACCCAGGAACAAAAACGGUGCCUAGUGCGUUGCACACAAAGAAGAAACUCUGGGCUUCAGAAGACUAUAGCACUUUCAAUGAUGAAGUGGGGGCAGGUUGCUGGGCUCGAAUCCUGAACCAAAAUUUUGUGAAUGGGAAAAUGACAUCGUACGUCUUGACUUUCAAAGAAUUUUAUAUAUAUAUAUAUAUAUAUGUGUGUGUGUGUGUGUGUGUGUGUGUGUGUGUCUGCCUGUCUGUCUCUAUCUAUCUAUCUAGCAAGGUAGAAUAAAACCUUGUCUAAUUACCAGUAAUUGGAAAUGCUGGUUGCCAGGUUUGCAUUUUUCAGCUAAUGAAAUCCCCGUGGACUUGAAACUUGUAUUUCUUGACAGUCUGGUUCACUUUUAUCCACAACAGAAGAAGUAGGCUCAAACACUUGAUAUUGUGGCCCAGAUAAGUCUUAAUUUCCCUCUUCACAUGUUACCUCCAGUUGUUGUUGAUGAUCUGCAUGAUGACCUCUUGUUGGGAGAAAGACGGAGGGGAAAUAUGUCCCUGUUAAUUCUCCUCAGUCUCUCAGCGGCUUUCAGUACCAUCAACCAUAGUAUCUUUCUGGAGCGGCUGUCUGAGUUGGGGGUGGGUGGCACCCACUUUGCAGUUGGUCGGGUCCUGCUUGGAUGGUCAUUUCCAGAGGGUGAUGCUUGGGGAGUGCUGUUCGGCCUUGUAGAGUCUUCACUGUGGGGGUUCAAUUUGAUCCUCCUUGCUGUUUAACAAGUAAUCUGGAAUUUUGGAGUACGUUGUCAGCAACAUACUGAUGACAUACGUUGAGCUACAGCCCUUUCUCAUAGACAAAUAUAUUCCCGGUAUAUUUAUUGGUCUAACCAUAGCAUGCUAGACCAAUUCUUUACAUGAUUCUCUUUAUUAAUUCCUGUCUUCUUUAUCUCUAUAUCACACAGCACUAUUGCUUGGAAUUUGGUGGCUAGUUACUAUGAAGAUUUACCUUUCGGCCGGUGUGGUUUAAUGACAGCGCAGGAACCAUGGAGCGGGCAUUACACUGUGAACCCCCCCAUAUGGAUAACAGGUAUUUUUUUUAGACAGAGCUUUUUGAAAUGAGAUGUAUGUUUUUCAAUUGUGGCUUUUCUAAGUUAUUAAGGCCGCAGCACACUUCAUUGGGCAUACAAACUAUUUAACCCAGCAGGGCUAACUUCUGCAUAGAUAUGCAUGGGAUUGCACUGCAAAUGUAUUUUGAAUUGCUGCUCUGUGAUGCAAUUUUUCAAAUUUAUUGGACAGCCUUUGUAGUAGUGAUGUUCUUGGCAAGUUAACUAAGAGCUGGAAGGGAAAGGUUGUGGCGUAUUUGGAAAUUAACUUGUGUGGGCGCAAUAAGGGCCAGCUCAAGGCACGAUCAGCAUGAUAAAAAAUGCCACGUAUUCAUGCUAUACACACAUACUUGCACAUGUAUUUACAGAGUAGCCCUAACUGUGGCUCAGAAGCCCUAUUUAAUUUAACAAGGUUUACUCCCAGGUAAGUGGAGUUAGGAUUGCAAAUUUUAGUUUGCAGGGCAGCAGUUGAAGAAGGAGCAAAAAGGGUUUUCUUGUGUGUGUGUUUCUUUGUGGCUGAUUGGCUGCUCUCCCUGUGCAAAGGUCAGAGGGGGCAGGGUUUCUGUUGAGGCAGGUGAUUAGCUGUGGGAGGAGCUUAUCAGAGUUUGCAGGGCAGCGGCGCGCGCCUAGCGGUGUGCGCAGUUUGAUCCAUCUUUUAGAUUUAGGGGAGCUAGUCUCAAACGUUUGUUGGGGGAGACCUAGGUUUUUUUGUGGGGGGGAGUUAUUUUUCCUGUCUUCACGCUUUUAUGAUGGAGGACCGCUGUAGCCACCCCCAACGACACGUUCUGAAGAUGGAGGGGGGAGGGAACAGCUGCAGUCGCCUGCGGUUCCUGCGCAAUGUUUGCCAUCUUGCCAAAGGUUGCAGGCAGCUUUACCUGCAGCAAUUGCAUGUUGAUUGCCCUCUUAAAAGACAAAGUCCAGCAACUGGAGGAACGUGUAGCUACGCUCCAAAGAAUUAGAGAGCUGGAGCUCUUCUUGGAAGCAACAGAGCACACCGUCUCCACCAAGGAGGAGACAGGGGACUCCCUGAGAAGGACGCUAGUUCACCAACACAGGAGCCAGAUAUAUGGAGAAACGUGACUCAAAGAAGUAGGAGGCCCAGGGUUCGCUCUGAUUGUUUAGAAAUACACAAUCGCUUUGAGGUCCUCUCCCCUAGCAUGGAAGACGAAGAGCUGACUCCAUUUGAGGAUCUAUAACUCGUUACAGUCGAUCAGGUAUAUGAAGACGAGCAGCAAAGUCAGUCCUCAGGGAAUGUGCAGGCGACCUUGGAGCGGACAGCUCACGGAAGAACCCCGACCAAACCUAAGAGGAGGCGUGUAGUGGUGAUAGGGGAUUCCCUACUGAGGGGAACAGAAGCAGUGAUCUGUGGGCCUGACAAGAUGUCUCGGGAAGUGUGCUGUCUCCCGGGGCUAAGAUCCAAGAUGUAACUGAACGACUGCAAGGAAUCAUAAAACCCACUGACAAAUACCCCUUCCUCUUGGUUCAUGUGGGAACCAAUGACACUGCAAGCAAUAGCCUCCAGAAGAUCAAAAGAGACUACGAGGCUCUGGGCAGGAAAUUGAAGCAAUUAAAUGCACAAAUUGUGAUCUCAUCUGUCCUCCCAGUUGAACGACGUGGCCCAGGGAGAGAGGGGAAAAUAGUGGAAGUGAACAGCUGGCUUCGCAAAUGGUGUAAACAGGAACGGUUUGGAUUCUUAGAUCACGGACUGCAGUUUCUUGAAGAUGGACUUCUGGCAAGCGAUGGGCUGCACCUCACAACGGUUGGGAGAAAUGUUUUUGCCAAAAUCACAGAAACCUCAUCAGGAGGGCUUUAAACUGACUAAUGUGGGGGAGGAAGACAGUGCUCCUGAAGGUAGGAGUCUAUCAAUUGAUGAAGAUGAUCAUCCAAAUGUCAUAGACCAAAUGGAGCAAACAGCACACAGACCUAGUGGUGGGAGGAAAAAUCCUUAAAUAAGAGUCACGGGGAAUGAUUAAUGGACUUCAAUGUCUGUACACUAAUGCGCAAAGCAUGGGAAAUAAACAAGAUGAGCUUGAGCUCUUGGUACAGCAAACUAAAUAUGACAUAAUAGGCAUCACUGAAACCUGGUGGGAUAAGUCCCACGAUUGGAAUGUAAUAAUGGGGGAUACAAUCUAUUUCAGAGAAACAGACCAGACAAGAAAGGAGGAGGAGUGGCGUUAUAUGUCAGGGAUGUGUAUACCUGUGAAGAGAUCCAAGAUUUAGAACCUCAAAGCCAAAGUGAGAGCAUUUGGGUCAAAAUUAAGGGAGAGAAGAAUAACAGUGACCUCAUUGUGGGAGUUUACUAUAGAUCCCCAAGCCAAACGGAGGACAUAGAUGAUGCCUUCCUGGAACAGAUGGCCAAGCAUGCAAAAGGAAGGGAGAUAGUAGUAAUGGGGGACUUCAAUUACCCGGAUAUUUGUUGGAUGUCAAACUCAGCCAAGAGCAUAAGGUCAAACAGAUUCCUCACUGGCCUUGCAGACAACUUCAUUGUCCAGAAAGUGGGAGAAGCAACAAGAGGAACAGCCAUUUUAGAUCUGGUCCUAACCAAUGUUGAUGACCUGGUUAGUGGGGUAGAAGUGGAAGGAUCAUUAGGCGCGAGUGAUCAUGCUCUUCUGAAGUUUACUAUACAGCGGAAAGGAGCAGCCAAGCAUACUAGGACUCAAUUUCUUGACUUUAAGAAAGCUGACUUCAUAAAACUUCAUAAAAGUGCUGGGUGAGAUCCCAUGGACAGUAAUACUAAAAGGAAAGGGAGUUCAUGAUGGCUGGGAGUUUGUUAAGAGGGAGAUACUAAAAGCACAACGUCAGGCAAUACCAAUGAGACAGAAACAUGGAAGGUGCCUAAAGAAGCCAGGGUGGCUAUCUAAAGAACUUUUAACUGAGUUAAGAUUAAAAAGGAUGUGUACAAAAAUGGAAAAGGGGGGAAACCACCAAAGAGGAAUUCAAACAAAUAGCCAGCACAUGUAGACACAAAGUCAGAAAAGCUAAAGCACAGAAUGAACUCAGGCUUGCUAGAGAGGUUAAAAGCAACAAAAAGGCUUUUAUGGGUAUGUCCGUAGCAAAAGGAAGAACAAAGAAACAGUGGGGUCACUCAGAGGAGAAGAUGGUGAAAUGCAAACAGGGGACACAGAAAGAGCUGAACUCCUCAAUGCCUUCUUUGCCUCAGUCUUCUCCGAUAAAGAAAAAUGCCCGACCUGAAGAAUUUGGAGCAAAUGAUUCAGCAAAGGAAACACAGCCCAGAAUAACUAAGGAGAUAGUACAAGAAUACUUGGCUAGUUUAGAUGUAUUCAAGUCUCCAGGGCCAGAUGAACUGCAUCCAAGAGUAUUAAAAGAACUGGCAGAUGUGAUCUCAGAACCACUGGCAGUCAUCUUUGAGAAUUCCUGGAGAACAGGUGAAGUCCCGGCAGACUGGAGGAGGGCAAAUGUUGUCCCUAUUUUCAAAAAGGGGAAAAGAGAGGACCCAAAUAAUUACCGCCCAGUCAGUCUGACAUCAAUACCAGGGAAGAUUCUGGAGCAGAUCAUUAAGCAAACAGUCUGUGAGCACCUAGAAAGGAAUGCUGUGAUCACCAAUAGUCAGCAUGGAUUUCUGAAAAAUAAGUCAUGUCAGACUAACCUGAUCUCAUUUUUUGACAGAAUUACAAGCCUGGUAGAUGAAGGGAAUGCAGUGGAUGUAGCCUACCUUGAUUUCAGCAAGGCAUUUGACAAGGUGCCUCAUGAUAUUCUUGUAAAGAAGCUGGUAAAAUGUGGUCUUGACUAUGCUACCACUCAGUGGAUUUGUAACUGGCUGACUGACCGAACCCAAAGGGUGCUCAUCAAUGGUUCCUCUUCAUCCUGGAGAAGAGUGACUAGUGGGGUGCCACAGGGUUCUGUCUUGGGCCCGGUCUUAUUCAACAUCUUUAUCAACGACUUGGAUGAUGGACUCAAGGGCAUCCUGAUCAAAUUUGCAGAUGACACCAAAUUGGGAGGGGUGGCUAACACCCCAGAGGACAGGAUCACACUUCAAAACGACCUUGACAGAUUAGAGAACUGGGCCAAAACAAACAAGAUGAAUUUUAACAGGGAGAAAUGUAAAGUAUUGCACUUGGGCAAAAAAAUGAGAGGCACAAAUACAAGAUGGGGGACACCUGGCUUGAGAGCAGUACAUGUGAAAAGGAUCUAGGAGUCUUGGUUGACCACAAACUUGACAUGAGCCAACAGUGUGACGCAGCAGCUAAAAAGGCCAAUGCAAUUCUGGGCUGCAUCAAUAGGAGUAUAGCAUCUAGAUCAAGGGAAGUAAUAGUGCCACUGUAUUCUGCUCUGGUCAGACCUCACCUGGAGUACUGUGUCCAGUUCUGGGCACCACAGUUCAAGAAGGACAUUGACAAACUGGAGCGUGUCCAGAGGAGGGCAACCAAAAUGGUCAAAGGCCUGGAAACGAUGCCUUAUGAGGAACGGCUAAGAGAGCUGGGCAUGUUUAGCCUGGAGAAGAGGAGGUUGAGGGGUGAUAUGAUAGCCAUGUUCAAAUAUAUAAAAGGAUGUCACAUAGAGGAGGGAGAAAGGUUGUUUUCUGCUGCUCCAGAGAAGCGGACACGGAGCAAUGGAUCCAAACUACAAGAAAGAAGAUUCCACCUAAACAUUAGGAAGAACUUCCUGACAGUAAGAGCUGUUCGACAGUGGAAUUUGCUGCCAAGGAGUGUGGUGGAGUCUCCUUCUUUGGAGGUCUUUAAGCAGAGGCUUGACAACCAUAUGUCAGGAGUGCUCUGAUGGUGUUUCCUGCUUGGCAGGGGGUUGGACUCGAUGGCCCUUGUGGUCUCUUCCAACUCUAUGAUUCUAUGAUUCUAUGAUUCUAUGAUUCUAUGAUUCUAGUAAGAUUCCAUGUUUCCCCCGGGGGGGCAGAACUAAGCAAAUUCUCUGUCUGUGUGUUUGUGUAUGUAUAUAUAUGUACAUAGGGCCAGCUCUAGACAUUUUGCUUUCUGUGGUGCAGCAGCAAGUGAUGCAUUUUCUAUCCCUAAAGUACAUAGUACUCAAGGCCAACAAAGUUAUUUUGGUAUCUGGGGCAGAAAAUACUGCAAGUUCCUCUCCUGUCUUGUAAAAAAAUCAACAAUAAAUACACAAAUAUUUCCUGCAACGAUUUCAUGUCACCCCAAAUUGGCUGCCAGAGAUGUCUGCAUCACUCUGCCUAAUGUUAGGGCCAGUCCCCACCUCUCUGCAUCAACCUGUGUGUGUAGAGCUGGAGUCCCCAACAUGGUGUCCAUGAGCACCACAGUGCCCUCAGAUACAUCUAUGGCUCCUUCCUUGGGCCUCUGACCCUCCUGAUUUUUAUCUUAGUUUUGGAAUUGGGGGAUGUUUUGAGGGGGCGGGGGACUGUCUACUUUUUUCAUUGUUUUCUUUUUCCCCCGCUGAUGUCAGUUCUGUAAAAGCAAAAACCCUCAAUGCAGUUUACAAAAAAGAUAAAACUGUAGUAAAGUUAUCAAUAGAAAGAAAAAAACAACAACUUUCUUCUCUCCUUUUUCUGUUUUGACACAGCACACACUACCCAUUUCACACAACCAGGCUGGUACUACCUGCAAGCCGAUGGGCAUCUGGAAAAAGGUGGCAGCUACGUGGCUCUGACUGAUAGGCAAGGCAAUCUCACGAUCAUCAUUGAAACCAUGGUAAUGCUCUCUUAACGCACUCUGCCAAUGUCUACCUAGCUCAGAACUGUAUUCCAGCUAUUUAAAACAAUGGUGUUUUAAAGGUACCUGUGUUGUAUGCUGGUCUGCCAUGGUCCAUUAGAUGGAACUGUGAUUGGGAAGGGCCAUCUAUAAAUCUCACCUCCUCUAUGAAUUCAGAAGCUGGCCUUAGAUAACCUUCUGUCUCAUAAUCUCUGCCCCCACGCAUGCAUUACAGGAGCCGUUUGUAGUGACCUAUUUUAUAGAAUUGUGGAAAGGCAAGGUAAAAUUGGUGAACCUGCAGCCCUCCAGAUGUUGUUGAACCACAACUCCCAUCAUCCCUGGCCAUCAUCCAUGAUGGUGGGGGUGCUGAUGGGAGUUGUGGUUCAACCGCACUGGGAGGGCCUACUUCUUUCUCUCAUCCCUGUUGUAAGGGUUCCUGGAAUGACAUACCUGAAGUGCUUUGAACACUGGUGACACAGUCAUUCAAAGUAUGACAGUCAUAGCACUAUUGAGGUUCAUGGCACUUAACAAGGAAUGUGAGGACCACAAAACAAGGUGCUUACAAAAGUUUAUUUUUCUGCAGCUGCUGCUGGCUUGUUAUUGCAUGAUUUUGAAUGGAGUUUGUUCAGUGUGAUCGAUGACCUGCUUCAGUUGCUAGCAAUGCAAAGUUAGGUCAUGUUUGUGCCAAGGUUUGAGACUUCUCAAUGGAAGUUGCAUGCAAGGAGCUUCCCGAUUGACUUAGGGCAUCGAUGAAUGUUAGCCUAAUUCCUAGGAUCACCCCCCACUCCAAAAAAAGAAAGAAACACAACUUAGCACUUUGUUGCUGUGGGCAACAAACUGUGCACAGUUCCCAGUCUGGUCCUUCAGAGCAGUCCUGUUCUGAUCCAGAGUUGAUUUGAUGUGGAUUCAGGUCCUGGACUGAAUUGGGGUUUAAAAUUUUAAUUAAGCUUGGGGUUGGAAUGUGGGAUGGGGUGGGGAGAAGAAGACACAUGCAGGCAACUUACUGUCCCCCUUUGACCUCCCUAUUGCUCCCCUUUUAACAGCCCCAAAGUGAUCCAGGGUUGCCUUAACCCAUUUUGGCUCAAGUUUGGGUAGACCCAAAUUGGCCCCGUUCAGGACCUGGAAUUCAGCCAGAGUCAGCACAUAGCUCCUAAGCAACACGUGGAGGCAACACUGUAUUGUCAAUACAGUGGUACCUCUGGAUGCGAACGGGAUCCAUUCCGGAGUCCCGUUUGCAGCCAGAGCAGAAUGCAACCCGCGUCUCUGCGCCUGCGUGUGCGCGGGUCGCGAUUCGCUGCUUCUGCGCAUGCGCGUGACGUCAUUUUGAGCGUCUGUGCAUGCGUGAGUGGCGAAGAGUAACCUGAAAACGCUCAACCUGAAGCAACUUUAACCCGAGGUAUGACUAUGUGAUUCUUUUGAGUAUUAGUUUCAGAUAAUUGUCUUGAGUUGAGAUGGUGGUUGAUGUGAGUUCCUUGCUAUUCAUUUUCAGACUCACGACCACUCCAAGUGCAUCAGGCCACCACUAUUUCCCUACUUUGUGUCACCACAGAAAGCAACUUUCCAUCUCAAAGGAUCCUUUGUAAGUAAAUGCCAUACACUUAAUUUGCUGCCUCUCACUUCUUUGUGCUGCCACUAAUGUGCAAUAUAUGUGCAGUAGGACAUAUGAAGAAAACAGAAUCUUGGAAUAAUUGUGUGUGUGAUACAUAUUUGUUAUUUUGAAGUGUCUGUGUAGCUAGACACCAUAUAUAAAUAAUCCUACUUAUUUUAUACUCAGCCGAUCACAGCUUUGGAUCACUCAUUAGUAGGUCUGUUCUGUAUGAUGCAUUUUUUUUGUGUGUGUUAUGGCACCUACCCUUCCACUGAAUGUUGGACAGCUGCUGUCUCUAUUGCCUUUUUGGCAGCAGCUGAAGACCUUUCUUUUUCAGCAGAGAUUUGACUCGUACCAGAUUUGAAAUUGUUUUUAAUAUAUGAUAUUGUUUGUAUAUAUUUUAUUGUUAAAUUGUCUUGAGACGUUUAAUAAAAAAUGGUUUUAAAAAGGGCGGACUUUGCCGCCACAGACUUACAAUCUAUGCAUUCCUAUUGAGUUGCAGUUGUAUAUGAAUAAAUUAAUAUUAAUACAGUAGGCAGCUAGGUAUUCUAGAUCCAUUGUGUUUGGUUAUUGACACCAGCCCAUGAUCUUUAUGUGGGCCUUCCAUCUGCCAGGAGGAAGACUUCUACUUUGCUCUGGCAUUGGGAACCUCUUUGACUGUAGCUCCCAUAAACCUAAUCCAGCAUGGCCAAUGAUUUGGAUGAUUAGAGUUGUAGUUCAACAAAAUCUGGAGGGCCACAUUUGCCCCAUUCCUGAUUAAGCUGGAAUCUACACACGUAUAAAAUCCAUUGUGAAAAUGCUUUUUAAAAAAAUGCUUUGAAAAAUACAUUGAAUUUGGCAUAGCUCACUGUUGCCAUCCAGUGUCACCUUUGUAUAUUGCAGUUUACAACACAUUCAGAAACCUAAAGGGUUUAUAAGAAGACUCAUGAAAGUUUUCUCCCCCUUCCUCAGAGCAAGCUGAAAUCUCUUCACAUGUGGUAUUCUAAACUUGAAUUUAAUUCUCCCAACUCCACAUUGUUCCAGUCUCUUGGACCCGUAAAUGUAAGUGUGCCUUAAUUUAUUUACGAGAUCACUUUACCCCAUAAAUGUCAGCUCGAUUGCUUUGAUCUGCUGAACUGGCACUGAUUCUUGCCUAUCCAGACAUGUAGAAUGUUGACAUGUCUUUUAUCUUUGACUGUAAAUAUUUUUUUAAUGUUUUAAAUGGUUGUUUUCAACUGCACCCCCCAAUAACUCUAUUUUUUUUAUUCUUUUGUAAACCGCUUUCAGGUUUUAUUACCAUCAAGCGGUAUAUAAAUCUUAUAAAAUUAAUUAAUUAAUUUAUAGCAAAAUACUGCAGUCUUCAAGAAGAAAAAAAAAAACAUGUUGCUUGUGAUCUUUUCUCCAGGCCUAUAAAUAAAGGCCUGAUGAGUCCUCAACAUGCUAAAUAUUGAUUCUGUUUACUGCAUACUCACUACUGUCCCAGGCCUGAAAUGUAAUGCCUCACUGUACUUACCUAUAAUGCCUUGUAUUGUUGCAGUAAAAUGUCACAUCUAGAGGUUGUGGCUAAAGCUUAGUCAACCUGGUAGUGAUAAUCUGAAGCAGGACCAUUUUGUUACCUCGCCGGUCCUAGGCUUGUACCCAAGAUGAAAGAUUUCACCUGUAUUUCCUGCCUCUAGUCAGCCACUUGUGCAUCAUCUCUCUCUCUCUCCCCCUCUCUCAUUUUUAUUAAAUUUUCAUCCAAUGACUUCCCUUCUUCUCUUUCCAUGAUUCAUUUUGCCUAUCUUACAUCCCUGCAUAUUUUACAAUAACCAUUCCAAUCGGUUUUCCACUAUUACGUCCAUCAAUAUUACGUUGCCAGCGUUUUGAGCUGUACACAGUUAUUUUCCAUAUACUCAAUAAACAUUUUCCAAUCUUCUUUUAAUGUAUGUUCUUCUUGCUCUCUUAUUCUAUAUGCCAAAUCUGCAAGCUGUGCAUAUUCUGUCAACUUGAGUUGCCAAUCCCCUUUAGAUGGGACCUCGCUAACUUUCCAUUUUGGAGCUAACAAAACAUGGGCCACAGUUGUUGCAUACAUAAAUAACCUUUUCUGAUACCUGAGGAUUUCAGUCUGGAUUAUACCCAGCAGAAAGGACUCUGGGUUUGUUUGUUUUUUGGGGUGGGGGAGUAAUUUUAAACAUUUUUUUCAGUUCAUUAUAAAUAAUUUCCCAAAACUCUUUUACCUUUUUACAUGUCCACCACAUGUGAAAGAAUGUUCCCUUCACCUCUUUACACUUCCAGUACCUAUCUGAUUCUAUCUUGUAAAUCUUGGCCAGCCUAGGUAAAGGUAAAGGGACCCCUGACCAUUAGGUCCAGUCGUAGCCGACUCUGCGGUUGUGGCGCUCAUCUCGCUUUAUUGGCCGAGGGAGCCGGCAUACAGCUUCUGGGUCAUGUGGCCAGCAUGACUAAGCCACUUCUGGUGAACCAGAGCAGCACGGAAACGCCAUUUACCUUCCUGCCGGAGCGGUACCUAUUUAUCUACUUGCACUUUGACGUGCUUUUGAACUGCUAGGUUGGCAGGAGCAGGGACGGAGCAACGGGAGCUCACCCCGUUGCGGGGAUUUGAACCGCCAACCUUCUGAUCGGCAAGUCCUAGGCUCUGGGGUUUAACCCACAACGCCACCUGCCUCCCAUCUUGGCCAGCCUACUUGGAGUUAAAUGCCAUCUAUGAAUAAUUUUCAAAUAGUUCUCUUUCAAAGAAUGUUGUUGUUGUUUAGUCGUUUAGUCGUGUCCGACUCUUCGUGACCCCAUGGACCAGAGCACGCCAGGCACUCCUGUCUUCCACUGCCUCCCGCAGUUUGGUCAGACUCAUGUUUGUAGCUUCGAGAACACUGUCCAACCAUCUCGUCCUCUGUCGUCCCCUUCUCCUUGUGCCCUCCAUCUUUCCCAACAUCAGGGUCUUUUCCAGGGAGUCUUCUCUUCUCAUGAGGUGGCCAAAGUAUUGGAGCCUCAGCUUCAUGAUCUGUCCUUCCAGUGAGCACUCAGGGCUGAUUUCCUUAAGAAUGGAUGCGUUUGAUCUUCUUGCAGUCCAUGGGACUCUCAAGAGUCUCCUCCAGCACCAUAAUUCAAAAGCAUCAAUUCUUCGGUGAUCAGCCUUCUUUAUGGUCCAGCUCUCACUUCCAUACAUCACUACCGGGAAAACCAUGUAGUAACAUGCUAUAAAUUUCAAGUCGCUUUUCCAAAGUUUCUUGUGCAUCCUUUCUCCACUCAGGUUUCCGAAGGCGUGUUGAUACUAAAUCUGGGUCUGGAUGAGGUCUAUACUUUGACAACCUUGACAGCAGGCUUUGAGAAGCCUUUCCCGGAUCCUCCUGCAUCCCAGCCAUUUCCUUCCGAUUACAAGGACGAUUUCAAUAUCCGUAAGUAACACUUGGAAGUCAUUAUUUGGGGUUGGGAGGUGGGAUGGGACAUUAUCUAGCGGUCCCUGGCUAGCACAGGGUCCUUAUCAAUAGUAUUAAUUCUCAAGCAUAUGUGAUUAGAAGUCUGCAUUAACACAAAUGUUUGACCUGGGGAGUAUCCUGGCUCCUCUGUCUGGCCCUCUCGAUUCUCCGGAGGUGGUGCCAACGGUAAUGGCGGAUUCCCUCUAACUCGGAGGGAACCUGCUCCACAGAAACAGGGUCGGAUACUGCUUCGGCGCAGCGGGGACCCCUGAAAUCACAGGCGGGUGAAGCCUGUGAACCUGGGACUCGGCGGGCACUGUUUGCGCCCCCCCAAUCCGUGAAGGGAGUAUCCUGGCUCCUCUGUCUGGCCCUCUCGAUUCUCCGCAGCCACACACCUCCCUGUCUCUGUUCGGACCCUGAGCCUGGCUGUGAUGUGUCUGAUAAAGCCUCUUGCUUGACAGGGUUAAGGAUGGAGAGGAAAGUGUGAGUGUGUGUAGAAGGUAGCCUACUUUGCAAAGGUGACGUUUACAUGUGUGGCCCCACAUGCCACUGCCACGUGGUCCUUGGAAAAGAAAAAGGAUGUGGCUUCCAGGCUGUAGAAGGUUCCCUAGCUUGCAAGGUCAAAAACAGCCAUCCGUGUUGAGAUUUGCAUCCAGUGCCGGAACUGCUUGCAGGUUAGGAUUGAGGAUCCUCCAUGGGCUUCAAUUCCUGAGAGGCUUUCAGGUGCCCUCUUCAACUUGGAUGACUCUAAUGAAACACUCAGUUUGUUACCAAAUUGGGGGGAUGUCAGCUCUGUGUCAGGUUCUGCCUGCUGCGUCCCUGGUGUUGCAGUGGUGCUGAGAGAAGCUGUCACUUCUUCUUUCGUAGUGCAGGCGAGUGAAAUAACGAGCUUUCUGUUCUCCCAACAGGCAACCCGCCUUUCAGUGAGGCCCCAAACUUUGCCGAUCAAACUGGGGUGUUUGAGUACUUUGUAAACGUUUCUGAUCCUGGGGAGCAUGUCUUCACCCUUCGACAGGUGGUGACGCAGAGGCCUAUAACCUGGGUUACUGAAUCAGAGCAUCCCAUCAGCAUUAUUGGCAACUAUAAAUGGUAUGUAAUUAAACACAGUGCAACCCGCUGAAUUUCCAGCUUGGUGCAAAGUUGCAGUGGAAUCCAGUAAUUGCACUGAUUUUGUUAGCUGCGGUAUGCAGAUUUGAACAUCAGUGAAUGCAAAAGGGCACCCCUCACCCAUGAACUGCAAAAUGUCUUUCUUUGCUGGGUUUUUGUGGUCGCAUAAACCAGGUGUUGCAUGGCGACGUACAGUAUUUAAUGUGAUUCAAGGCUGCCACCUGCUGUUGUCUUAGCAUAACUACGUGAAAAGAAGCUGAUGGAAAUCAAGGUGUUGCAGAGAGUGAUUGUAUGAGCAUGCAUGGUUGAACGUAAAAAGAAAACUGCCUUAGAUUGUGUGUUUGGAAAUCGGAGUGUUACAGGAUUGUGAAUCAACUAUGGUUCUGAGUAUUACUUGCUACUCUUUUUAUCUCUUAAGUAUUGGAGCUCUGCGCUUAUAAACGUGCUGCAGUCCCUGCAGUUUAGUUUUUCUUAUCAAUUUGGUUUUUUGCUCUAUAAUAAAGAUGCUGGGUUGUGUUCAGUGACGUCACUGCACGAUUGGAACAACUACUGCUCACACAACAGAACUUACCGUUCUCUUUCCUCCCCGUUUGCCCCCCACCCUAAAAAAAAAAUGCUCUUGGGUUUCCCUAACCCUCUGGAAUAGAUUUAGUUGGUGAGGAGGAGGAGAGGAAGCGGGUGUUCAGUUUUACAAGUGAAAAUCAUUUUGCUCGCAUAAUAAUGUAAUUGGAUACAACAGGUCUUUCUUCAGGGGGUACUCAGGGGUAUGCAUUACUGGCACCCCCCUUGGUGAAAAAGUGUGGCACUUAUUGUAACAGCUUCGUGGUGAGUACCAGCACCUAUUUUUCCACGGGGGGAAAAGCACUGGCUACAACUCCAUUUGAGGGUGGCUUACAUAUAAAAACAAAAAGCAGUUGGCUAGGUGCCUCUGUUCCUUUCCUAUCUUCUUCCUCUACUCCCUGGGAUUCUGUUAUUUAGAGUUUGGAUUUGAUAUCCCGCUUUAUCACUACCCUAGGGAGUCUCAAAGCGGCUAACAUUCUCCUUUCCCUUCCUCCCCCACAACAAACACUCUGUGAGGUGAGUGGGGCUGAGAGACUUCAGAGAAGUGUGACUAGCCCAAGGUCACCCAGCAGCUGCAUGUGGAGGAGCAGGGAAUUGAACCCGGUUCACCAGAUUACAAGUCUACUGCUCUUAACCACUACACCACACUGCCUCUGCACAGUCGUUUUACUGCUCCUGCUCCCAUGGAGUUAUGCCAGGCUAGCAAAGAAACUCAAUGGUGCAUAUCGUUUCUGGCAGGGAUGGCACAGCUGGGAUAGCAGAGGAAUGGACAGUUGUACUGGGUGCCUCCUUGGGUGGGGUUGCUGUUCACCUUAAGCAGUUGCAUCUAUGCAGCUCUUGGAAAAUGAUGUGUGUGGGGGGGAAUAGUCAACCUCUGUUGUGCCACAGUACUGAUCCAGAUUCCACCUCUCCCACCAGCUGCAGUGUCUAAACACAAAACAAGUUCAGGAAGAACUGUAUUAUAAUUAUUACAAUAUGUUUAUUUAUUGAUACUCUGCCUUUUUCCCUGACAGAGAUUUGUGCAUACAUGUCCUUAAAUAUGUUUACACUUAGAAGUGGUUGGGAUUUUUCUUGUUGUUGGAAGACUAAUGCCAAAACUGACACUUUUCCAGCGCUGAGAACUGCAUUUGUCUUUUUGCAGGGUAAACCUAACAAUAACUUGCGACAUUUACAUAGAAUCAAAUGAUGGAGGUGCAUUCAUUGCGGGAAGAGUGAACAAAGGUGGGAUAUACACCAAAGCCGCUAAAGGCAUUUUCUUCUGGGUAUUUCCUGACGGUACAUACCGAGUUACAGGUGAUCUCGGUGAGUAUCCUUUAAAAUGGAUUUUGCAUGCUUAAUUAAAUAGUUGCAGCUUAUCCUGCAGUAGGUAAUGCAGAAUGGCAUUUCUAAGGGUUUGAGGCUUGCACGGCAAAACCAUUAUGCAAUAGUUCCCUUACUUGUAAUUGCUGUUUUCUGUUGGGUGUCUUCCUCCACACCUCAUUUGAUUUUGAUUUCAAACCAAGGUGCCUUGCUAGCUUAUCAGAUAAUAAUUAUAACUGGCACAGAGCAAUCAAAGUGAAACUUUUUCAACCAAAAACUGUUCUGAAUGGUUCUUAUUUGCAGUGUUAAAUGCUCAAGUGUAGAAGGAGGACCAGCUGCUUUAGAAUAUUGAAAGUGUUUCUAAGUGGUUUAAUAUUUUUUUGAAAAAAUCCCUAAGUAGCAUACAAAACAGACAAAAAUAAUAAUAACACACUAUCAAAAAACAAACAAACCAGGAACUUGGUAAGAACAGGGUCCAAUCUGGUAAAAUCACCAGGUCAGAAAGGCAUCUGCCUCCCAUUUUUUUCUUAAGAACUCAGGUGUGAAAUUGCUGAUCUUUGAACAAAUAUUAUUGUUAUUAUUGCUUUAAAACAUUUAUAAACCUGCUUAAUCUCUCAAACAGUAUACAAAAAUACCAACCUUCAAACAGUAAAAACACAUGCAAAAAUAAAAAAUAACAGGGGAAUAGUAUUAUAAAAGUGGGUAAAAAACAGAAAUUCAGUAAUAAAUAAGGUGUAGCCUUAGGGGUUAGGGAGCACCUGGGCAAAAAUAUGUCCUUAAAGAUACCUGAAGCAACUGAUGGCUGGUGCUUUAUGCAUGGCAGAGGAAAGGGCACAGUGUCGACGCAAAUUUCAGGCCACCGCGCUGUGAUAGUCUGUUGGGUGCGCUGCUGUGAGUAAAAUAUCAAGUCACCUUUUGCUUGAUCAAAUGGAUGACUUUAGAGUCCAUGGCCUACAAGGCCUUUGUACAAAGGUGUUGGUUUUUUUAAAAACAAACAAGCAAACACCACAAUCUUAGAUCUAGGCUCUAGAGGUUUGAAAUCUGGAAGGCCUCUGAGGCAUGUGCAUAGGCCCUCAAAUAGUGUGCCUGUUCGGAAUGGCAAAUAAUGUAGCUGCUCUAAGGAAGAGCCAUUUUUGUGUAAUGGCCAGGAGCUCUUGUGAUUGCAAACGCUGUGGCAAUAUGCUAAAAACAUUGAAUUCUGUUUUCCCACUGCUUACUAAAUUAGUCAUGCAAUCUUAAGAGUUUUAGAGCUGGAAGGGACCCCAGAGGUCAUCUAGUCCAACCCCCUGCAAUGCAGGAAUCUCAGCUAAAGCAUCCAUGACAGAACCACCCAACUUCUGAUUGGAAACCUCCAAGGAAGGAGAGUCCACAACCUCCCGAGGGUGACAAUUCAUCACUUUGUCCCAUGCAGUCGAUAGCCAUUCACUGAUGGAAGAAGGAUAAUUAAUCUCCCCUCCUUCCCAUUUAACAGCAAUCUAAAUGAGCUACUGUUUCGAGUAAUGAACAAUAAUUACUUAAUCUUCAGGUAGACUAUUAUAUCUAAUAUAACAGGACAGAAUAAGCACUGGGCCUAAAGGAAAAUCAUUUGUUGUCAUGCUUCCAAUUUUAUUUGCAAUAGAGUUCCAAUACAGUGGUACUUCGAGUUACAAACACCUUAGGUUACAAACGUUUCAGGUUACAAACUCCCCUAACCUGGAAGAGUUACCUCGAGUUGAGAACUUUGGCCCGGGAUGAGAACGGAAAUCGUGUGCCGGCGGCGCAGCGGCAGCAGUAGGCCCCAUUAGCGAAAGUGGUGCUUCAGAAUAAGAACAGUUUCAGGUUAAGAACGGACCUCUGGAACGAAUUAAGUUCGUAACUAGAGGUACCACUGUAAUGUAUAAUUUUAGGGCAUGUCCCAAAUAAAGAAAAUGUUCUAAAGCAGCUUUUUCUUCUUCUUUUUCUUUAUGCAGGUGGGGAAGAAGUCUUGAUGAAAGGACUGUCUGGUGUGCGAGCCAAGGCAUGGCAUACCCUCACUCUGAUUCUUACGGUAAGCACCGAAGCUGGAGCAUAAAAUAAGAUUCAUUUUGACUGAUAGCAAGGGGUGGCAUUUAAACUCUUUAGGGUUCUAAAAUAGCUAUAAACCUAAAAUAGCUUAUAAGCCUAAAAUAGCUAUAAUUUAAUUUGCUAUGAGAAGUAUUAGCCCUGAUGAAUAUUGAUGACCUGCUAAUACCACUUGUCCGUCAUAACAGGUGGAACCUACAAUGAAAAUGCUGCAGUGUGGAGUGUUUUAGUUCAGGGUUUCAGCCAGCCAAACCUCUUUUCAGGGUAUUCCAUUCCAUAGCCCCUAAGCAGGCUUUGUCUUCCCUGGACUGUUUUCCUCCACCCCUGCUCCCUCUGCAGAAACCUUAGUGUACCCUGGAGCAUCUCUCAUCUUGUAUGUAGAUGAUAGUGUUUUGGCUAUAUAAGGAUCCACACUUGGAAAACCUGCUUUGCUAUCAGUACAUAGGAUUUUCCAGAGGUGCAGCCACGCUAGUCUCUUGCAGCAAAAACAAUGAAAGGCAGAACAUAUCCACCAUGGGUAGUAGCCAUUGAUAGCCAUAUCCUCAAUGAAUUUGUCUGGUCCUCUUUCUCAAGCCAUCCAAGUUGGUGACCGUCACUACUGAUUGUGGGAGCAAAUGCCUUACCUUAACUAAAACUGAAUGGGCAUUGGGAAACACACUUGGAUGUCUUUCACUUCAACUCACUUUGCAAAGCAGUUUCCAGAUAGCUUUGCAGCCCUCGUUCUCGACCAGUUUACUGAAAUCCACAUCAGACCCUGUACAUUAAUGUUCUCCCCUUACUUUUGACAGGGCACCAAUGCGUCUGGCAUGUUAAAUGGCUAUCCUCUCUGGGCGAACGUCACCAUAACGGAUCCUGGAAACGGAUGGGCAGCUAUUGGGACUCACACUUAUGAAUUUACACAAUUUGACAACUUUCAUGUUCAGGCCAACUGAGACGCCCGUCAUACUUCAACAAGCCAAUUCUUGACUCCUUUUAACUUGAGCCAGUUUCAACUCCACUGCCGUCAUCAUUUUGUAAUUGACAUUGGUACAGAAUUUUUGUUUCUUUUCCCCUCCAGCUUUUGUGAACGAAUUCAGCUUUCUUCUAAAGUUUAAAUGCGUUUGUGUCGUCCUAAUUAGGAUUUUCUCAGAAUUCAGUUUUCUCUCUUGGCAGAAAGAAUUAGUUUCAUUAAGUCUCUCUCUGUCCCCUCGCCCCCUUUUCUUUUACAAAGUAUAAAUGGAACUGGAGCAGAGUCCUUGUCGUUUCAUUGGUGGGAAUUGUGACUGUUUAGCCUCAUUUUAAGAAAUGUGCAACAGAGACCUCAGAAAACUGCUGUUUUCAACUGUUUCAAAAGCUAUAAAGUCCAUUUCUUUUCAGAAGUGCCUGGUGUAUCUGGUUGUUAUGAAGUGCUGUGAACUGAAAGAUCCUUUUGCCUCUUUCGUACUUUAUUUGAGGUGAUGGAAUAAGGGACUCAAUGGAUUUAAAUGUCUCCUUCCAGGAAAUGAAAGGUUUCACUCCUCCUCUUCUAAAGUCUUAAUUCAUAUAUCUGUUUUUAAUGAAAAGCCAGCUGCUAGCUGGCUUCCUUAUGAAGUGCCUUAUUUUAAACUACCUCUGCUAAUGGCAGUGUAGCAAAUAUGUUGAUAGUGCUUGUCACUGUUCGAAGGUUUGAUAACUCCACAACUUGCCUCGCCUCUUUGAGCUUCUCUUCUAAACUUGUCUGCCUCUUUCGGUAAAUGGAAGGGGGAAAGAAUCUGUAAAAGUAAUAUGGAUGAAAAAUCAAGGGAGAAUGUUUAACCCCACCCUCACGAUCCUAAGAGCUAAUUUGCACAAGUCAGUUUGAGAGCGCUUGAAGUUGCCAAGCUUUCAGCCAUGCACCAUUUGUGGGAAUCGCAACCUCCAUAUGGGUCAAGUUAAAUAUGUGUCCUGCAAGGAGAAAAUAGCUCGUACAAACAAUAACUUUGCAUGAGUCCAAUUGCAACUUUAUUGGUGACCAGAGAAAUCACCGUGAACUGUCCUUGAGACAUGUAAUGCUUGUACUGACUGCUAAUCUAUGGUGGCAAAUUUCAGGCUUGCAGGAUAUGGUAGAGCUAUGAGGUUCACCAGCUAGACAUGGGUGCAAAGUAAGGAAAGUGAUUGUGGAGACAGAGACAGGGUUUUUUGUCAGCUGGAACUCAAUUCAGACCAAAUUCAAAAGUGCAGAUAAAAAUGUUCCUUAUAGCAUUUCCUUCUUGAUGGGCUUUGACCAUAAGCAAUGAAGAUGUAAGGUCAUGACUGAUUGGCUGCAUUUAUUCCAAAGAUUUCUCUCCCUUUUUGUGCUAGGGCAGAUAAUUUCUAUUUUUGCAUUGUGUACUAAAUGUAGCAUAAUUACAAUAUUUGUUUCUUGUUAAUUUAUUAAAUGGUAGACUUUAAAGUUGCUUGGUUUGUGAAUGUUCUCAACAGGUUAAUGUUUGCUGAAUGUUUGGACCUCUCAUGAUUCUUAACAAGAAUUCUUAACAAGAAUUGCCUUGAUGUUACAGCGAAAAGCUGGCAUAUGGUGGCUGACUACCACAAAGCCUAAUGUUUCAAACUGGAAAAAUAAAUGCUGCUUUAAAACCUU